ACUUGACUGAGGCGGGAACGUCACGGGCGAUGGAUUGGAAGCAGGCGCUGAAAGGCCGGGUGGUUGUCAGUACCGACACUAAAAGGAGCGACCAGGAAUUAAAGGAUGAUGAGAUGGAGUCGUUUACAAAAUACUACCUGAAAUGGAAAGGAGGAAGAAGAAGUGCCAGUACCUCUAAUGUGAACAUACCACGAUUUUAUUACAGGCUGCCAGCAGAAGAUGAAAUAUUGUUGCAAAAAUUAAGAGAAGAAUCUAGAGCCGUCUUUUUGCAGAGAAAAAGUAGAGAAUUGCUAGACAAUGAAGAAUUGCAGAAUUUGUGGUUUCUCUUGGAUGAACAUCAGACACCACCUAUGAUGGGGGAGGAAGCAAUGAUUAGCUAUGAAAACUUCUUGAAAGUUGGUGAAAAAGCUGGAUCCAAGUGCAAGCAAUUCUUCACAGCUAAAAUUUUUACUAAAUUACUUCAUAGUGAUCCCAAUGGAAGAAUAUCUAUCAUGCAGUUUUUCAAUUAUGUAAUGAGAAAAGUAUGGCUGUACCAGACAAGAAUAGGCCUCAGUUUAUAUGAUGUGGCUGGACAGGGUUACCUCAGAGAAUCAGAUUUAGAGAAUUAUAUAUUGGAACUCAUUCCCACUUUGCCACAAUUGGAUGGUUUAGAAAAAUCAUUUUAUUCGUUUUAUGUCUGCACUGCUGUCAGAAAAUUUUUCUUCUUUUUAGAUCCUCUCAGAACUGGAAAGAUAAAAAUACAGGAUAUUUUAGCCUGCAGCUUCCUAGAUGACUUAUUAGAGUUACGUGAUGAAGAACUUUCUAAGGAAAGUCAAGAAACAAAUUGGUUUUCUGCUCCUUCUGCUUUGAGGGUUUAUGGCCAAUAUUUGAAUCUUGACAAAGAUCACAACGGCAUGCUUAGCAAAGAAGAAUUGUCUCGAUAUGGAACAGGGACACUAACCAACAUCUUUUUGGAUCGGGUCUUCCAGGAGUGUCUGACUUAUGAUGGAGAAAUGGACUAUAAGACGUACUUGGACUUUGUACUUGCGUUAGAAAACAGAAAGGAACCUGCAGCUUUGCAGUAUAUUUUCAAAUUGCUUGAUAUAGAGAACAAAGGAUACCUGAAUGUCUUUUCCCUUAAUUAUUUUUUUAGGGCUAUUCAAGAACAAAUGAAAAUCCAUGGACAAGAUCCAGUUUCUUUUCAAGAUGUGAAGGUUAGAAUUCUGAUCAAAAUGUAUUUGUAUGCAAUACUUAGUGAACUUACUUUUGAAGUACUUCUCUGAAAAGUCAGCAAUGAUUACAUAUACUGUAUACCGGAAUGUGCAUAUUUUAUGGUUACAUAAAGUUGAUUUUAUUGCACAAGCAGAAAUAGUUUUCUCGGGGUUGCAUUCUGGCUUAUUUGUUUGAAUUACACU